CUGCAUUCAUUACACUAUUCGCACCUCGCAUCAUGUUGUUCAAGGAGUGUUGAGUGUUGACUGUUAUUUUUUCGUGUAAUUUCUAAAGGCAAUAAUGUCGUCUAUCUUUAAAAGUCAUGAGGGAUUCUGCCCCGAUUGUGGUUCAGUGUUACCCUUACUUCAAGGAAUUGGUGGUGUGACGUGUUACACUUGUAAACAUGUAUUCAGCCCUGAAGUAUUUGGAAAAAUGGAAUCUACUUAUACUAUCCAAUUUAACACGAGACCAACAGCAGAUUCUUACUCGAAGAAGAAGAAGAAAAAGUCAUUUUCAAGUGAGGAACCUGAAGGCCCGGUUGUGGAGAGACGAUGCCCAGCUUGCAAAAAUGAAACUAUGUCCUAUGCCACAUUGCAAUUGCGUUCAGCAGAUGAAGGACAAACUGUCUUCUAUACAUGCACAAAGUGCAAGUACAAAGAGACUGAAAAUUCAUGAAAAUGUU